UCUGAUUCCAAGAAAAUCUUUCCUUUUUUUCCCCUUCUUUUUUCGCUUUCUUCAAUUUCCCUCCCUCUCUCUCUCGAGGAGCAGAACCGCCAUGGCUCCCAUGACUCUCCCUCCCGGUUUCAGGUUUCACCCAACUGACGAAGAGCUUGUCGCUUACUAUCUCGAUAGGAAAAUCAGCGGUCGUACUAUCGAGCUCGAGAUUAUCCCAGAGGUCGAUCUCUACAAAUGUGAGCCUUGGGAUUUACCAGAUAAGUCGUUUUUACCGAGCAAAGAUAUGGAGUGGUACUUCUACAGCCCAAGGGACAAGAAAUACCCGAACGGAUCGAGAACCAACAGAGCAACCCGCGGCGGAUACUGGAAGGCCACGGGGAAGGAUAGGACGGUGCAAACGUCGGGGAAGAGGGCGGUGGUUGGUAUGAAGAAGACUUUGGUUUACUACAGAGGUAGGGCUCCUCACGGCGUCAGAACUAAUUGGGUCAUGCAUGAGUAUCGCUUACUCCACUCCGCUUCUCCCACUGCUUCUUCCAGUUUGAAGGACUCGUAUUCUUUAUGCCGUAUCUUCAAGAAAAACAUACAAAUCCCUAAAACAAAAACAACUAUUGUGAAUAAUCAGUCAUUUGGUGAAGAAAUUUCAAGAGAGAGAGAAGCUGAAGGUGAUGUUGAAGAUGAGAAUUUCAUUACUUCUUCCUCGGAUGUCACUCAAGGAACUCCCAAUGAAACCGGCAUGGCUGAUGAAUUCCAACCUCCAUUCGCCUCGGACGAAGCCAAUAGUUCAGUUGAUUUGAGUUUUCUUGGUUCAGAUUUUUCUUCCGACCUAAAUCAGGAAAUGCAGAUUCCGGGCUACACAAAUGUUCAUUAUCAAGCUCCAUAUCCUCCGUUGGAUCUCGAAGAUUUCCCGCAGAUAAACAUUAUAUUGGAGACGAAGGCGUCCAAGUCAGAGAUCAUCGAUGAUUACAUGAUGUAUGACAAGUACAAGGACUACAUGAACGGAUCAUUAGAAGAGAUCUUCUCACUGUGUGCCUCCCAGGACAAUUCCAUCCCCCCUCUCUCCAUGCAUGAUUGAAAACACACUAACAAAAACAUCAAUAUUAACAACAUUAAUAUAAUUAUUUCUUUUUUUUAAAUAUAUUUUCGAAUGUUAUAUUUUUUAUUAUUUAUAACACAAAAGGUAAAAGGUGGUGUUAGGGCAAAUGAUCAAAAUUAGAAGAUUAUUUUGCCAAGCACAAGAUGAUAAGGUUACAUAGUCUUGGUUUUUUUUUUUUUUUACCGUUUCUUCUUUCUUUCAUAUUAUGGUCGAAAAAGUUGUUGGGUCAA